GCCUGUCCUGGAACUAGCUCUUGUAGACCAGGCUGGUCUCGAACUCAGAGAUCCGCCUGCCACUGCCUCCCAAGUGCUGGGAUUAAAGGCGUGCGCCACCACCGCCUGGCUUGAGAUUUUUUUUAAAGCAAAACUUUUUUUAAAAAUAUUUAUUAUGUAUAUAGUAUUCUGGGAUGUAUGCUUACGUGCCAGAACAGGGCACCAGAUCUCAUUACAGAUGGUUGUGAGCUACCAUGUGGUUGCUGGGAAUUGAACCCUAGGCCUCUGGAAGAGCAGCCAGUGAUCUUAACCUCCCAGCCAUCUCCCCAGCCCCCAAACAAGCAAAAUUAAAAAAAAAAAAAAAAAAGCCGAGCCAGGUGUCGCCUUUAAUCCCAGCACUUGGGAGGUAGAGGCAGAGGCAGGCGGAUCUCUGUGAGACCAGGCCAUGCUGGUCUACAAGAGCUAGUUCCAGGACAGGCUCCAAAGGUACAGAGAAACCCGUCUCAGAAAAAAAAGAAAAAAAACUGUGGGCCUCCAGUCUUUUCUCUUAUGAUGCUGUAAGCAAAAUGUGUUGAGUUUUUUGUUUGUUUGUUUGUUGUUUUUUUUUUCUUUUGGCUGACCUCUAAUUCACAGAGAUCUGCCUGUCUCUGCCUCCUGAGUGUUGGGAUCAAAGGCAUGCACCACUACUACCCGGCAGCAAAAGGUGUCUUAAUCACCAUUUCACAGACUGGGAAACUUGCCCACAGACACACAGCAGAAGGCUGGAGCAGACACCAGGGCUGGAGAGAGAACAGUGCCACAGUUAUGAGCCACUUUGUAAGGCUUGGAAUGUGGACUCUUGUAGUCCCACUUCAACCCCAAGCUGCUUGACCCAUUGGUGGGUCUCAUAAGGCCUCUUGUUCAAGGGUACCCAAGGCUAUCCGGACUCCCUGAGGCAUGGAACACUAGAAGGGGGGGUGGGGGGGCAGAGUCCAACUUUUCUGGUCUUGUAUCUUCCACUAAGACACCUUCAGGGCCCACCAGACUCUCAUGUCACCCAGGCUGGUUUUUCAACUCCAUAUGCAGCCAAGAUCUAAAUGUUUCUUUUAUUUUUACAGCACUUGGGGAGCAAAUCCAGGUGCCCAUGUAUGCUAGUGUACAGCCUCAGGACCACCUUUGACCACCAUCAACCAAACUAUGCAUGUCUGGGACUCUCCUGGCUCUCUGUCCCGGGCAUUGCCCCUUGCCUCCUCAGUCCUGAUGCUCCUGAUGAGCUGCCUGUGGUUUUUGGGGGCUGGCCCCAACCUCACAUUGGCUCCGGAGCUGCUGCUGGACCCGUGGCAGGUGCACCGGCUUCUGACCCAUGCUCUGGGCCACACCGCACUGCCGGGCCUGCUCCUGAGCCUGCUGCUCCUGCCCACUCUGGGCUGGUGGCAGGAGUGCCGUCUAGGCACUCUGCGCUUCCUGCACAACUCCGCCCUGCUUGCCCUGGCUGCUGGGCUGCUGGCUGUGCUGCUGGCAAGCCUCGGGGUGUCCAAUGCAGCCGGAGGCUGUGGAUAUAUGCCUGUUCAUCUGGCCAUGCUGGCAGGGCAGAGUUACUACCCUGGAUGGCGUCAGGGGACACUGCCACCAUGGCUGCUCCCAUGGCUACUGCUGGCCCUGACCCUGCUGCUCAGCUCUGAGCCGCCCUUCCUGCAGCUCCUCUGUGGCCUUCUUGCUGGCCUAGCCUACGCUGCUGGGGCCUUCCGGUGGCUGGAGCUCUCCGAGCGGAGAUUGCAGGUGUUACAGGACAGUGUCCUUUGCAGGACUCUGGCCCAGUGGUGGCCACUGAGGCUCUUUCCCACCCCAGGCAAUCUGACUGAACUGCCUGUCACUUAUCCUGCUGUAGUGAGGCCUGCUACCCCUGGACCUCCUUACCUUGCCUCCCCAAGCUCCUGGUCUCACAGUGAUGGUUCUGCCCAGCUUCCACUAGGCGUGGGACCCGUGCAGCCGGCAUGGAAGGACUCCGAGAGGAGCCUGAAGUGGGCUGCGUCCAGCUUUGCCCCAGGAACCCCGAUGUGGGCAGCCCUAGAUGAGCAAAUGCUACAGGAAGGGAUCCAGGCUUCACUUCUUGAUGCGUCAGCUCAGGGUUCUCAGAGCUUGACAUGGUUGCCCAAGUCCUCUGGGUCUUCUCUACGGCUGCAGCAGCUAGAGCACAUGGGAUUCCCCACUGAGCAGGCCGCAGUGGCCUUGGCAGCUACAGGGCGUGUGGAGGGUGCGGUGUCACUGCUGGUUGAAGGGCUGGUAGAAACUGAGGCCGUAGCAAUCGAGGGGAGGAGUGGUCCUGCCCACUGCAAGGGCACUGGACCCUCAUAAUCUAGGAAAAGAGCAGAAUCUUUGGCCUGACCUGAGUCCUUGCCCAGUCUGCUGAGGGCAUCCCUGAGGGCAGGAGUGGGUCCCAGCAUGUUCUAAUACUUUCUGAGAAUAAAAGCUGAUGUUUCCAACCUGGC